UUGUUAUGUUUUGGAUUUCCAGGUAAAACAAAAGUAUUUUUGCGUGAGGAGCUUCGUGAUCGGCUCGAAACUCGACGUGAUUCCUUGUUGGAACAGAGCGCUACUGUAAUACAGAAAAAUGUGCGCAAGUGGCUGGCUGCAAAGAAAUUUGCAGAGCAGCGACGUGCAACUGUGGUACUUCAGUCGGGGCUGCGAGGAUGGCGCGCAAGACGUGAAGUGGAUCGUCGCCGAAAAGAGCUUCGUAGAGCAAUUGACAUGGAAACUCGCAAAACACGUCGACUGAAUUUGUAUGCAGAAGCGGAAGGAGGUGUAAACAGUGAUGCAGCGGCCAAAGAAAAUGGUGCAGCAGCGGCCCAGUCAUCAUCUUUGGCUGCUGUUCAGUACCUGGAUCUGCCAGUGAAUGUUAAAAAACAGUUGGCCAGUGAAACGAUGUUAAGCAGGAUGACAGAUAUUCGGACUGUACACCAUUAUAUUCCAUUCAACAAACGUAUUGGUAAACCACUGCAACUUCCUGUGCAAACGCUCGAACAAUUCGCUGAACGCAAUUUUAAGGGUCACAUAUUAGAAGUGCGUCGCGAGCCGAUCGCUAGCCCGUUCCUGCACAAGGAUACUGAGGAUGAGUAUUCAAAAUCACUAGAAAUGUUUGCGAUGAUUCUUCGCUACAUGAAUGACACGCAGCUGAAUUGCGAGCAGCUGGCAAUACUUGGAAAAGCGAUCAUUCAGAUGCUCAUCUAGGC